GAGGUGAAAAGAGAAAGGACGACGUCAGAUGUGGGAUGGCUUUGUGGGGAGUUAAGAGAAUAGCCAACUAAAAAAGUCCCAAGACCGAGUUGGCAACUCUCUGAAUGAGUCGUGGAUUCGGAGAGCCUGACUGAAGAAGACAACGUACGCUACGUUUGGAAGAAGGAGCCUUUGACUCCCGAGCCCACCACGUCUUCGGCGUCUUGGCUAUCCAGGAUCUUCCCUGUUGGAAUGACGGUGUGUGUGUGCUUUCCAGGGGGCCACACCAUGGCUGAGGGGAGCUGCUUUCCAGCCUGUUAGCCACCUCGGUCCGCCCAGCAGACCUCCACUCAGGCCCCAGGAAGCAGCGCUAGAAAACCACGAGGGCCCUUCGGGGAAACGCUGACUCCCGAGAGGAUAAACACAAAAAAGCUGCCGGGAAGCGGAGUCCCUGCAACAACGCUUAGUGGACUCUUCCGUAUCUAAGAGAGGGAAUUCAGUUGCUCUUUUCAAGCGGGAACUCAACCCUGUGCACAACAAUACCGGGAAUUCACCUCCAGGCCGUUUCCUCGAUCCACGGUGCGGAGGAGGUCACAGCCGCCAUGUGUCAUGUGAUCGUGACCUGUCGCUCCAUGCUAUGGACCCUGUUCAGCAUCAUGGUGGCCUUCGCCGAGCUCAUCGCCUUCAUGAGCCCCGAUUGGCUGCUGGGCUACCCCCGGCCAGGAUCCGGGGUCGGCGGCGUGCUGUCUGGCGGUGGGGAGUACCGGCCGUCCUUGGGGCUCUACAGCCGCUGCCUGCGUAUCGGGGGCCGGGCGGUGACGUGCGGCCCAUACGCUCAGACUUUCGGAGAAGUGGCGAGCGGCUUCUGGCAGGGGGCCAUGUUGUUCCUGGCGGCGGGAACGCUGGUGCUGGGCUGCGUGGCGUGCAUGUCCAUUUUCACGCUGUGCUUCCAGAGCUGCCUGAGGAAAAGCAUCUUCAACAUCUGUGGACUGCUCCAGGCCAUUGCCGGCCUCCUGCUGAUGGUGGGGCUCAUGCUGUACCCCGCCGGCUGGGGCUCGGAGAAGGUGGUGGACUACUGCGGAGCCGAGGCCUCCCCCUUCCGGCCGGCCCAGUGCUCCCUGGGCUGGGCCUUCUACGCCGCCAUCGGCGGGACCCUGGCCUCCUUCGUGUGCGCAGUGUUCUCGGCGCAGGCCGAGGUGGCCACCUCCAGCGACAGGGUGCAGGAGGAGAUCGAGGAGGGGAAGAGCCUCAUCUGCCUCCUCUGAACCGGGGGACUGAGGGAACCGGGGAUCGCCCAGGGAGACGCUGGAACUUCUCCUAGAAAGAGCACGGGGUGGGUGGGGGAUAGGGAAAAGUCUUCAUGGAAGCCAGGAUGAAAGUGCUGUUUCCUUCCAGGCCAGCGAGCCACAGUUCCGGAUGUAAGGAGGCCAGAGGAGCUGUUCCUCCUAAAUGUUUUCUCUGGCUGUACUCUCGGGCCGACCCGAGUCUGAUGUGCCAAAACAUACUCCGCAUGAGAGAGGGCUAAAGGAUGUGACACUAGCAUUUAUUCAAUCUGACGUGCACUCCUUACUUAAUAACAAUUAUGACUCAUAUCAACACUGGAGUGCUGUUGAGUCCUUUUCAUAACCGCCAGCUUGAAGGCUCAUAUGUAACCUGGUGGGUUGCUUUGCGUCAGGAUGUUUUCUAAGACACAACUCAUGGCCACCAUCUGAAUGUUUGCCAGCUGUGUCAAAUGGAACACUUGGCAUGUGUUGUUUUGUGGGCGGGUUUCAAUGUAUGUCUGUUCCUGUGUGCAUGAGAUUGUAAAUAUGUGUGUGUGUGUGUGUGUGUGUGUGUGUGUUUUUGUAAAUAGAUAUGUGCGUGUGUGUGUGCUUGUGUGUGUCUGCCUGCAUCCAGCCCUUAACAAGGGUGAAAUUUUCCAUCUUUGCCAGAUGUUUUUACUCUGAGCACGCAGUGGGGCGCUAAACUAUUCUGUAUCAUACUCAGAUAUACAGAUUGCAAGGGGUUCGUUCACUUCAAAAGACCUGAGCUUCGCAAAUUAUUUAGUGAGACUUGCUGCAGCCCCAUAACUUUAAUAAGUGGUGAAGUGUGUAUGGAAGAAGACCAGACCCCCACCAUGGGUAAUUAAUACUGUGGCGAGCAUUACCGGAUCACAGGGGUACUUAAACUGUUUCAUCACGUCAAUUUCAGCAUAUUCCUGGGACGUAACCACUGCACUCUCAGAAAGAUUCCUUCAUUUAAUUUAGGAUAGGGAUCACAGAUCCUGGUGCGUUCUGAGUUUUCCGUGCAAGGUCAGAGUGCGACACACCUCCAACUGGACUGCAACCCAUUGUUCAAGGAACGCUGCUGGAUCUUAUUUCCUCGAUUGUUGAAAGUUGCCGUCGGUUCAAUGUGAUGAUCUUCCUGUGUUGAAAUGCUAAACGUCUUAUUUUCAUUCCUGUAAUUUACAUUGGAGCUACAUAAUUGCUUUUAACGUGAUCUCUUAACGUGUGAAAUCACAAAAGAUGCAGUGUGUCUCUUUGACUGGUCACAGUGUACCAUUGAAUAGAAGCAACGAUCAUUUAGAGUCAGUGAUUACGGUAAACGGGACUUUUGUUAUAUUAACAAAAUUCCUCCAAAGCAUAUUGUAUGAACAUGCUUGAAACGAUCCACAUUUGUGGAAGGUUUCGAUUUUUCAUGGGAAAGGAAUCCACUCUGUAUUCUGUACUUUAAAUAAAUAAACGCUACGUUGAAAAAAACGAUUCGCCUUUGAUGAAUCUCCACGGUUUUAAAUAACGAGAACUGCAUACUUUAUCUCUUAACAGGAGAGGAAGAGGCCUGUUUAUUACGUAACUAAACACGAUGAACUCGACCAACACUGACACCUCGUGGAGUAAACUGGUAACACAGCUCUAGUAUUUUAAAAAGAACACCAGUUUUCUUUCAAAUUUUAUUUCAUGUUAAUACCAUAAAUAUAGAAAACUUAAAACUAUUCCACAUGCAACAAAGGCAAGACGAGUGCAUCAAUUUUUCAUCUUUGUACCUAAGACCGAUCGAUGAUGGGAAACGAAUGUUUCAACUUUACAAAAUAUACAUAAGUGUCGCGUUUCAAUCAUUUUAGCUUCCAAUCAGUGAAACAGCCUGGCUCAGUCGUGAACGUCGCCAGUUUGUGCCUGAACAUCCUCUUACGCUAGCUAACAAUGCUUUUUUCCUUGUUCAAAAGCCAGAAGCUUCCUUUCCAGUGGUAAACUUUAAUAUUUGUAGUCAACAUGAGUUUUGGAGAAUAAAAUAUAUUAAUAAAAUAAAAACGACAUGGACAUUUGGUCUCUCACAGCUUUUUAGGACGCAGCACAUUAUAUUUUUUUAGUGAAGAAAAAACAACUUGCAUUUAAACACUUUGAAACAAGCCAUCCAGUUAAACAAACGUUUACUUACAUCCUCGGUGGUCAAGUCAUGGAACACUGCUAGUUAAUGCUAUGACGUCAAUAAUACAUAACCUAACACAUUUAAAUAAAAUACACACACACACACAUGACAUUUAAAUAAAUUACAUCUGAAGGAAAAUAAAAUUAACAAAAUAAAUGGUUAAACCAUGGCGAUUUCACAAACAUACUGUAUAAAGAAAUGCACAAUGAGUUUUUCAGGAAAUACUUCAUGGCAAGACAUAGUGCCAAUAGCCAUUUUCCGAUUUGUAACAGCUUUUUGAUCUUUGACUUGGCUAAGCCCACACUCACUUGCUCGCUAUAAUAUAUUGUUUGAUUUAUACAUAAAUAAUAACAGCUGUGACAUCCAUCAGCCAUUUUCCAUGCACAACUUCAAACACUCACCGCCACAUUAGCUGAAGCUCUGUACAAAUGCAAUCCUCAUGACCGUUUUUCCAGAGACACUAGCAGUAGUCU